AUGGCUCCUUCCUCUGAGGCCGCUCAGCGGAUAGAGGAAGCUCGAGCUCUCGCAAAGAAAGAUCCUAAGAAAGCUGAGGCUACCUACAAAGACAUUCUUGCCAAAGGCCCUGGGUCCUCCGAAAAGUCGUCGCGUGACUACGAAAAUGCGUUGAUCGGAUUGGGAGAGCUCUACCGGGACGAGAAGAAGCCGCAGGAGAUUGCAGACCUGAUCAAAACAAGUCGGGAUUCUUUUUCGUCGUUCGCCAAAGCAAAGACAGCGAAGCUAGUACGCCAGCUGCUCGACUUGUUUAGUGAGAUUCCCAACACCCUUGAUAUUCAAGUUUCCGUCAUCCAAUCCUGCAUCGAGUGGGCGGUAGCCGAACGGCGGUCUUUCCUUCGACAGAACCUCGAGACUCGGUUGGUGGCCAUAUACAUGCAAAAGCAGAGCUAUUACGACGCUCUUAACCUGAUCAACUCACUUCUCCGGGAGUUGAAACGCCUCGAUGACAAACUCAUGCUAGUUGAAGUGCAGUUGCUGGAGUCGCGGGUAUACCAUGCGCUUGGAAACCAAGCCAAGGCUCGUGCUGCAUUGACCGCUUCACGGACUUCGGCUGCUUCUGUCUACACACCUCCAAAUCUACAAGCUAGCCUGGAUAUGCAGAGUGGUAUGCUACAUGCCGAGGACAAAGACUUCAACACCUCAUACUCCUACUUUAUUGAGGCUCUAGAAGGCUACAGCUCCCUGGACGAGGGAGAGAAGGCGACAGCGGCUCUCCAAUACAUGCUGCUUUGUAAGAUCAUGCUGAACUUGGUGGACGACGUGACAACCCUCCUAGGCUCCAAGCAAGCCCAGAAAUACGCCAGCCCACGACUUGAGGCCAUGAAAGCAGUUGCGCGGGCUCAUGCCAACCGCUCGCUUGAAGAGUACGAGAAGGCGCUCUCGGAUUAUCGGUUUGAGCUAGGAAGCGAUGUGUUCAUCCGUAAUCACCUUCGCCGACUCUACGACGCUAUGUUAGAACAAAACCUCAUCAAGGUCAUUGAACCAUUCAGCCGCGUUGAAUUGGAUCAUGUUGCCAAGAUGGUGGGGUUGGAUACACAGCAGGUGGAAAGGAAGCUUUCGCAGAUGAUUCUGGACAAAGUAAUCAUUGGAGUGUUAGAUCAAGGCGCGGGAUGCUUGAUCGUAUAUGACGAAACCGAGCGCGAUCAAGGUUACGAUGCCGCACUGGACACCGUUGCGAAACUCAAAUUCGGCAUCACCAAAUCUAAUAAUUCCGCUUUUUCUCGUCCUUGCCGAUUGCCAAUUAUGAACGCCCCCCCGGUGCCGCCCGGCUACAGUCGUGGCUUCCCCCAGGGCGCCCAGCGUUCUCCUGCCACGCCUCGUCGCGGACCUCAAGCUCCAGGUGGUGCGAUGCCCGUUCCGAUGCCCCAACACGCCAUGCCCCCUCAGUACAUGGCGCCUCAGCGUAACCUACAGCACCAGAACGAUGCCGCCCUUCGCCGCAGCCGCAAGCCUACAGACAAGAAUAUUCCCGAUGGUGUCGACGAUGUUAUCGUUGGAGAAGGUGUACAGCAGUAUAAAAGCUUACGCGACCUGGAAAAGCGUCUAGAUGCGGCUAUUGUGCGGAAGAGGUUGGACAUCCAGGACUCGAUCAGCAAAACAGUAAAGAAAUACCGGACGAUGCGAAUCUGGGUCUCAAAUACGGUGGAGAGCCAGCCCUGGCAGACGGGCCAAAAUGGCGCUAUUCCAGGAACCACUCCUGGUUCUGGCCGUUACAAGGUGCAGAUAGAGGGUCGGCUGUUGGAUGAUGACAGCGAUCUUGCGGACUCAGACAGCGAGGGUGAAGACGAUGCCAAAGAGAAUGGGGAUGCAAUGGAAGAGGACGGUGCCGAUGGCAAAAAGUCAACUCCUAAGCGGUCGAAGCAGCGCUUUUCACAAUUCUUCAAAACGAUCACCAUCGAUUUCGACAAGUCCCCCUCAACAAGCUCUGACGAGACGAAGACCAUAACUUGGGCAAAGCCCCAAUUACCACCAAGCACCACCAACCUACCGCCCAACGCAGACUUUGAUAACAUUCAAUUCUCCCGUGCAUCGCAGGAAAAUUUGAAUGUUACUAUCAGCCUUGUCAGGGAUGAAACCCCCGAACGCUAUAAGCUGAGCAAGGAGCUGGCUGAGGUGCUUGAUGUUGAGGAAGAGACCAGAAGCGGGAUUGUUUUGGGUAUCUGGGACUAUAUCCGCGCCAUGGGACUACAGGAAGACGAGGAGAAACGGCUAGUACGCUGUGACGAUCGUCUACGAGCCAUUUUCGGUCGAGACCAGAUGUUCUUCCCUCAAAUCCCGGAAAGCAUUGGCCCUCACACUAGUCCUCUUGACCCCAUCAAGCUACCUUACACAAUCCGUGUGGAUGAAGAUUUCCACAAAGAUCCCACACCGACUGUCUACGAUAUUCAAGUCGCUGUCGAAGAUCCUCUUCGGUCAAAGAUGCUAGCUCUAACUCAAAACCCUCAGUACACUGCUGGUAUGCGCCAAAUCACUCAGCUGGAUGACCAGGUCUCCCUCAUCGUCCAAGCCCUCACACAUUCACGGGCGAAACAUUCCUUCUUCACUGCACUUAGCAAAGAUCCUGCCGCAUUCGUACGUCGCUGGAUCAACUCUCAGCGCAGAGACCUCGAGACGAUUCUCGGCGAAGCUACUCGUGGUGGUGGCGAGGACGCCAGUGGACCGGAGUUUCGACGUGGUGGUUCAGACAGCGUUUGGGACACGGUUGUUGCUCAUGAGGCGGUGCGGUACAUGCUUGCUAAACCGGAGGCUGUUAUGGGUCGGUGA